AUGACGGUUCUCUCCAUCUUGGACCUGUUGCUGGUGAUCCUCUUCUCCAUCCCCAUCAUCGCGGUCUGCAUCCUGAAAUCCUGGCGGUGGCAGCACGGGGACACGGUCGGCUUAGACCCGGACUUCUCGGCUCCGUGGUACAUCUUCUUCUCGGAGUUCUGGGUGAAGCGACAUCGAGGCUACAUCCAGGAAGUCAGACAGGCCGUGCCGGAGUUUCAGCUCAUAUUCCGCGAGGACCAGGAAGCGGCGGAGAUGCACCAGGAGCUCUGGCAGAGAGCCAUUGACCUCAUUCUCGCGCAGGAGGCCGAGAAGGCAGAGCUCCUCCUGAUCCGAGUCAUCCGACAUUUGUACGCUCACAGUCCGCGGUUCAAGGUGAUUGACGAGGACGAAGGUCCCACCUUCCAGAUUAUCCGCGGCCUCAGGGACUACAUCGUUGGAUCGAGCAUGCCUCCCAACCAGUUUGGUACUGGCUUGACCUUGGGCCUACUACCGCCCAUCGAAGAGAAUCGGAAUGAGAUUCCGCCUGAAGAGGACGAACCCCAACCUCCAGAGACGGGAGAGCCUCCAGAUGAGAAGAUCACCCGGCUUGACGACCCCGACUCCGACGAGUCCCCGGCGAAGAUCACCCGCCUGGAUGAUGAGGAGUCCGAGUUUUCAGACAUCGUGACCGAGAGCCUCGCAGUCCCCGCUGGCGGGGAGGCGCCUCCCGAGCCCCACCCGGCCCGGCCGGACGGUCCAGAUCCUGAGGAGCCGGAGGUGAAUCCUCCACCUGAUGAUCCGAUUCCGCAGCCGCCUGACGACCCUCCUCUGCCACAACUGCCGAGGGAGCACCUGAAGGUCUCCGACGUUCACCACGUGACGUUGACCUUGGAGAACCUGCUGGACUACGCGAAGUGGUCCAUCCCGGGAGCUCGAGCAUUUAAGCGAGUGCUAUCUUACUCGUGGUGUUUCAUCCUGCUCCUUACCCGCUUCGCAGUGAUCAUCUACGCCAUGUUGAUGCGCAGAGACCUCGCCGGCCUCCCACUGGUCUACAUGCUCAUCACCCUGGGGUACGUCAUCCUGGAAGCUACUCUGCAGCCAUAUGUGUGGACCUACCUCAACGACUGGGAAGUCACUGUACAUGUGCUCAUCUACGUGUUCCUGCUCUUCGUCAUCAGUGGAUGGUCGGACACGGCGUCGGAAGUGCUCGUCGUGGUGGCCACUCUAGCUGCAAUCAUCCCCGUGAUCCUCCGAUUCCUGAUCCUCUUCCUUGGCGAGGAGGAUACGGAAGACCCCACGGAUAUGAGCAUCGCCCGGGGAGUUGCUUCCUAUCACCUCCAUCAGCUCACCGACGGAGGAGGCACUGUGUCCCUUGGCGUGUCCUCAACCUCGUCGUCAUCAACGACGAGUUCUGUGUCGACAGUGGGAGGAGGCAUGGAGCAUGUGCGAAAGUACAUCGAGUUAGUUAAAAAGCGACAUAUCACUGUGGUAGAGAAAGCGCUCGACGACAAGGGCCAGGAGGUGGAGCGCACUACGCACACGGAGGAAGUGGAAACAGAGGGUGUGACGUACUCCUUCGACAUGACCAAGUCUGAGGUGGUCAAGGUCAUGCAGGGGGAGAAGGACCAAAAGCCAAGACCCGACCAAGGUGGUGACGAUGAUGGCGACACUCAUCAAAUCUCAGCCGACCAAGAAGGACUCAUUCCCCUGACAGACCUGGACGUGCAAUCUGAGGUGCUUUCCGAUGACGAGGAGAUUCACGCAACUGCUGUAUAG